AUGGCUCGGUCUUCUCAAUUGAGACUCAGACUCAAACGUUUCGAAAAAGCCCAGACCGAUAGCAUUGACAAACGCUGGGAGCCCACUGGCCCGUUCCGUUUCCUAGAUCUCCCACGCGAGCUCAGGAACAUGGUCUAUGUAGAGCUCUUGACCAACGGAACUGCUAGAAGGAAGGGAACCAACGGAACCAUCACCUGCUUCGACCGAUGCGCGAGGACUGUCUGGCUCAGCAAGGCCUAUAAUUACAAGAAGGCCAAGGAGGGCAAGUACAAGACCGACACCAACCCAGUAUUCACGGCUAUCCUAAGAACCAACAAACAAGUCCACGCGGAGGCGAAAGAAGUUCUAUAUAGCUUCAACAUCUUCUCUGUCGAUCUAACGCGCGAGCACAAUCGCCUCCUCAAUAAAAUCGAGCACGAGGAAAACGUCCUUCCGAACCCAGGCAUCGAAGCCGACGACAAUGAAGCAUACAGACGUGAAGAUGCUGAUCCUGGUGGCCUGCCCUAG